CCACCUGGAGGGCGUCCCCUUGGGCUUCAGAAAAUGAUGGACAGCUCUGGAGCAGCUGCCAACUAUCACAGAUGGAGAACUGACAUGAGGCACUGGAACAUCCUUUCCUUCUUAUUCGCCAUUCAGGAGAUCAAUCAGAACCCCAGAUUCUUACCCAACACCACCCUGGGCUACAACGUCUAUGACAACUAUUUUGAUGCAAGAAAGUCUGCUGAUGCCAUGGCAGACCUGCUCUCUACUGGGCAAGUGAGUGUUCCAAACUACAGCUGUGGAAGGCAGAAGAAUCUCUUGGCUGUUCUCGAAGGGGCUGACUCAGAAAACUCCAUCCAGAUUUCAGUGAUGUCAAGCACGUACAAAAUUCCACAGACCCUGCCUAAUUCCCGGUGCACUGAAAGCUGCCGUCCGGGGUACGUCAAGGUGAUUCAGGAAAAAAUGCCGGUGUGCUGCUAUGAUUGUGCUCCAUGCACAGAAGGAACCAUCUCCACUCAGGAAGAUACAGAGCAUUGCAACAAGUGUCCAGAUGAUCAGUAUCCAAACAAGCACCGAGAUCAAUGUGUUGCCAAGAAUAUAAAUUUCCUAUCCUAUAAAGAAAUUGUGGGGAUAAGCCUAGCUUCUUUUGCUCUAUUCUUGUCGCUAAUCACAGGCUCUGUGUUUGCAAUCUUUGCUAAAUACAUGGAAACUCCACUGGUCAAAGCCAACAACCGGGACCUCUCCUUCAUUCUCCUCAUCUCCUUCUGGCUUUCCUUCUUGUCCUCCUUUCUGUUCAUUGGCCGACCUGGGCAGGUGACCUGCCUUCUCCGACAAACGGCCUUCAGCAUCAUCUUCUCGGUUGCCCUCUCUUCUGUGUUGGCCAAAACUAUCACUGUGGUGGUAGCAUUCAUGGCGACAAAGCCAGGGAACAGGAUGAGGAGAUGGGUGGGGAGGAGUCUGGCCAACUCCAUUGUCAUUUCCUGUUCUGGUGUUCAAAUUAUCAUCUGCAUUAUUUGGCUGGGAAUCUCUCCACCUUUCCCAGACUCUGACAUGCACUCGCAGGCUGGACAGAUCAUCCUGCAGUGCAAUGAAGGGUCUGUUGCCAUGUUUUACAGCGCCCUUGGCUACAUGGGCUUCCUGGCUGCCAUCUGUUUCACAGUGGCUUUCCUAGCCAGGAAGCUGCCUGGGGCAUUUAAUGAAGCCAAGUUGAUCACCUUCAGCAUGUUGGUCUUUUGCAGUGUUUGGGUCUCCUUUGUGCCUGCCUAUCUGAGCACGAAGGGCAAAUACAUGGUGGCUGUGCAGGUCUUCUCUAUCCUGGCCUCCAGUGCUGGGUUACUGGGUUGCAUCUUUAUUCCCAAAUGCUACAUUAUUGUAGUGAGGCCUGAUCUGAAUACAAAGGAGCAUCUAAUGAUGAAAGCUCAGGAUAGCAUCUGAGUGAUGGGCAAACCAACUGGCCCAGUGUUGGCUUUAGAAUUG